GACGGAAAGUUCCCGAAGUUUCUGGUCGACCUCGAGUAUUUUCCCUCGCAUACAGAGAGUAGAGAUCGGCUUGCUGCUCCUUUAAACGUUUCAUUGACAGUCUGCAAGUGAACCUAUUUAGAUCAACGUUUUGGUCUCUACGUACUGUUCCUAAUUGUCUUGCCGUAAAAUGGCAAACAAGGCUACACAACUCAAAGAUCAGGGAAAUGCCGCCCUAGCAGCCGGCAAAUUAGACGAAGCUGUGGGACUUUAUUCCGAAGCGUUAGCCAUAGAUCCAGAAAAUCAUGUCCUUUACAGGAACCGAUCAGCUGCUUACGCCAAAGCAGGAAAAUAUCUUGAAGCUUUACAAGAUGCAGAGAAAACUGUUUCUUUGAAACCUGAUUGGGUAAAAGGAUACUCGAGAAAGGGUGCUGCAUUAGCAUAUCUUGGACGUGACGGUGAAGCUCAAACAGCUUAUGAAGAAGGUCUUAAAUAUGAACCAAACAAUGAGCAACUUAAAGAAGGUCUUCAAGAAGUCAGAGCAAAACUGGAGGCAAAUCAGCAUGGAGCCAAACUCAUGAAUCCAUUUUCAGGCCCAGAUGUCAUGAGCAAACUACAGAACAACCCAAAAACAAAGGCAAUGUUUGAAGAUCCUUCUUACCUCCAGUUGAUACAAGACCUUCAGAAUAACCCAAGUGCCAUGGCCACUAAGUUAGGGGAUCCAAGAGUAUUGGCAACCCUCAGUGUCUUGCUAGGAGUAGACCUGGAGGCAUCAGCCGAAGGAGAUGAACCAAUGGACACUACAGAACCUUCUCCACGACUUGAUCCAAAAGAGGAGAAGAAAAAAAGGGAAGAAGAGGAAAGAAAGAAGGAGGAAAAAGCUAAAUAUGAUGCUUUACCGGAAAACAAAAAAAUGGCCCUCAGUGAAAAAGAAAAAGGAAAUGCUGCCUACAAGAAAAAGAAUUUUGUUGCGGCAUUGGAACAUUACAACAAAGCUGUUGAACUAGAUCCAACUGACAUGACUUACAUCACCAAUUUGGCUGCUGUUCAUUUUGAACAAAAGGAUUACCUAAAGUGUAUCGAAUUAUGUAAGCAAGCCAUUGACAUUGGAAGAGAAAACAGGGCCGACUUUAAACUCAUAGCCAAGGCAUACACGCGUAUUGGUAACUCCUACAAGAAGCUUAAGGAUUUUACAAAUGCGAAAUUGAAUUUCGAAAAAUCUCUUUCCGAAUUCCGCUCUCCCGAAACGAAAACUCUGUUGUCUGAAGUGGAAAGCCUGAUUCGCGAAGAAGAACGCAAGGCGUAUAUCAAUCCCGAAAUUGCUGAGCAGGAGAAGGAAAAAGGAAACGAGUUCUUCCGUAAAGGUCAAUAUGCCGAUGCGUUAAAGUGCUACUCAGAAGCGAUAAAGCGGAAUCCUAGCGACGCAAAAGUUUACAGCAAUCGUGCUGCCUGUUAUACGAAAUUGGCAGCGUUCGAUUUAGGUUUAAAAGAUUGCGAUUCGUGUUUAGAGCUUGAACCAACGUUUGUUAAGGGGUGGAUUCGGAAAGGGAAAAUUCUCCAAGGAAUGCAGCAGUACAGUAAGGCUUCUGCUGCUUUUCAAAAAGCCAUGGAACUUGACCCAAACGCAUCGGAAGCGCUUGAUGGUUACCGAGCUUGUAUGAUGCAAACAAACUCGAAUCCCGAAGAAGUACGCAAGAGAGCGAUGGCGGACCCUGAAGUACAGGCGAUACUGCGCGAUCCUGCAAUGCGCAUGAUUUUAGAACAAAUGCAAAAUGAACCCCGCGCUCUUCAAGAUCAUUUGAAAAAUCCAGCCAUCGCCGCUAAAAUCCAGAAGUUGAUUGAAUCAGGGUUGAUUUCCAUUCAUUAAUUAAAUGUACAUGGUCGCUUUUAUAAGAAUCCGAGUGGAGUUACAUUUCGAUCGAUAUGAUUAUCAAGUCUUGUAUUCUUCUUCAUUAAAUAAUACAGAAAGAAUAUAAAUCAUAA